UAAACAAUCAAAAAAAGUCGUUCCUAUCCCAUUAAUUCCACCAGUUGAAAACGUCAUAUGACGCUGUCACUAGACGGCUGGUGUUCACUUUUUGUUUACAAGUUUUUGGAUUUCUUCUAGAUCCAAUCGUUAUUUUGUUGUAGAGAGUUAAAAAAUAACUAAGUCAAGAUGAUAACAGUUUUGACUAAUAUGAAUGCCCAUGAACAAAACAUGAUACGGGCUUGGCAAAAAAUUAUAACCAUUCUAGCUGAACGAACGAUCGCUUUUCAAAAGAUAAUGCUUUACAAUCGGCGACAGACGGCCAAGCGAAUUAGAAAACGCCAGCGUUUACUUCGCAUGCAAUACAUGAAUCGUUUAAUUGCAAUCCAGAAUCAAUUCCUCCUUCAAAUGCCACGACCAGUGCAAAAACGGGUUUGGCGGGAGGAACGCUACUCCGAUUUUUGGGAUGUCCAAGUGCAAUUUUUCACCGAUGAAGACUGGUUCGAAACGUUUCGUAUGUCGAAGAAAACAUUCGAAAUCCUCUGUAGUCGCUUGAAAGACGACAUGACCCCGAAAUGCUCAACGGUUAACAAACCAAUACCGCUGGAAAAGCGUGUUGCAAUGGCAUUAUAUAAAUUAGCAACUGGAUCUGAAUAUCGGGUAGUAUCGCAAAUGUUUGGGGUGGCGAGAAGUACAGUGUGUCGUUUUGUACGGAUGCUGUGUGAAGCACUUAGUGAUAAGCAUAUGGACGCAUUGGUUUGUAUGCCUGAACGAAAUGAGCAACUGGAUAUCAUCCGCGAAUUUGAGAAUAUUUCACAUUUGCCUCUGGUCUUAGGCACUGUCGGGGUGACGCACAUCCCUAUUAAUCCACCCCUGGAUGGGUUCGAGAAUUAUAUAAACGCCGAUGGAUGGCCUUCGAUCAUAUUGCAAGGAGUAGUAGAUCAUAAGUUUAUAUUUCGUAAAAUUGAACUAAAUGCUCGUGAUCCAGCAAUUUACGUUGAAAGCCAUGGCGACCUUCCAGAUAUAACUAGGACAAUCGACGAAAAAUUAAUUCGAGGAUACUUAGUGGGUGGCGCGCCAUACCCAUCUUUAGAUUGGAUUCUUACAAAGUUCUCAAAUCCCAAGGAUGAAAGUCAAGAAUUUCUUAAUGCCUGCAUCGAAGAAGUCACAUCCAUUGCAGAGGAUGCAUUUUGCCGUCUUUUUGCCCGAUGGCGAGUUAUUAGUAAAAAGACGGAUAUUGAGUAUCGUAAUAUGGCGAAUGUUAUUGGUGCCUGUGUGGUUCUUCAUAAUUUAAUUGAAAUGAAUGGCGACAAAUUCAACUAUGAGUGGAUUGGUCAGAUGAAGCCGAGCUACAAAGACAUGCAGCCGGAGAAUGAUGCACAGAGUGUUUUGCCCGACACGGAUGGUGGUAAUGUACUGAGAGAAUUUUUAUCGAAUUUCCUAAAGACUUGUUGCAAUUAGAUUUUUUAAGUUUAAGGUAUUUAAGGAUAGUAAACGUUGAGUAGAUAUGAAAAUCUAUUUUAUUUUUUAUAUAAAUCUUUUUAGACAUUCCAUAUCAUAUAUGCUAACACUUAAGAAAAUAUACACGCACUUUUCUAAAUACUAAAACUUUUUUUCUUAUAAACAACGAUUUUCAGCCCUAAA